AUGACAGAAACAUAUAAUAACCUGAAUAUGGAGCACUGGGGUAUAUGGGACUGGACUAAAUUUAUUUGUUGCAAUCAUAGACCACUUGAAUCGGGUGAACAUUUGCUCAAUUAUCCGCACCCGAAGAAUGGUGUCAAUGGCCACGACCUGCAAGAGCUGGUGGUGAACAGCAGGACCGGAGCGCCAUUGUAUCGGCCGGACAACGACUACGCGUACUAUUAUGCAGACAAUCCUAUCGGUUAUUUGCCGGUCAAUGUAGACAACGACAGCCACACUAUUAUGGAUGGACUGAGACUGCAAUUACACAAACGGAAAGGCAAUUCGUUGCGAUCGCCGCCCGUUCGCCGCUCUAAUGAAUCUCAGGUCACUCUCCGGAGUUGGCUCUACCGGCUGGAGGGCGCGGCCCUCAAGCAGUGGAAGAGGAGGUGGUGUGUCCUCGCAGACUACUGUCUCUUCUAUUACAAAGAUAUGGAAGAGGAAAGGCUGUUAGGAUCACUACUACUGCCGAGCUAUAAGAUAACUCCCUGUCUGAAUGAGGACGGAAUCGCUCGCAAGUAUGCCUUCAAAGCCGAGCACAACAAUAUGAAGACCUAUUACUUCGCCGCCGACUCCAAGGAAUGUCAGACCCAAUGGAUGAACUCCUUAUCCCUCGCGUCGAUAAUGCAAUUGUCGUCCGCUUUCUCUACGGUUCGCAACGACGGCGACGGACAGGAAGUGACGGCCAAUAACGACGACGAGGAAGAGUCAGGCUUCGCCUCAUACCAGUCCCGGCGCUCCAACUCCGGUGCCAUCAAUAAUAAUCACUCGUAUGAUAACAAUAUUGGUUCCGAUGACAAAUAUCCCGGUUCUUACAACUCGGUUGGACUUCCAGUGGUUUAUCAGCAAAACCCGCAGCAAAGACCGAUCCAAAGGUCACACUAUGUGAACGCACCCCCAAAGCCAAAGCGUCAGUAUUAUGACAACUCAGACCUGUAUGUCAUCCCUCCGUCGGCACAAUAUCAUCACAACAGUCAUCAGACGCCUGACCUAAUCGCACACGACUCCUAUAACAGCAAUUAUCUGCCAAAUACUAAUUACUUCACACAAUCAUAUCCGCCAUACGAGCAGCAGUCGCCCCCACAAUACCGUCUCCCACCUCCCAGUCAUACCCCCCGGUUCUCGCGUCUGCCUCCGCGGCCACAUUCGGCUGACUUUCUCGAACGCGAUCAGGAAGAGGACGAAGACGAAGACGAAUGCCAAAAGAUAAUCGGUUCCAAUGGUUUUGCUGACGGCGCCCAAAGGCCUGAUAACUACUACUCCACGCAAACUAAUGAGACCUCAAAUAUAAUGCCCGUCCGCCCCAAAUCCAGUCUCGAUCGCUACGAUCCCUACUCCCGGUACUUCUUUGAGCAGCAAACCAAUUACGUGACGCCUCCGCACUAUCCCCCGGCGCCCAACUCGACCGGCAAAGAGCCCCGUCCCUGGUCUGACUACUUGGUUGGGACGACCAUCACGUCUCCGCAAAGCGAUAAUCAAAUGCCAAAUCAAACCCUCUCUCAGUUUUCGUCUUCACAUUUACCUCAUUAUCACUCAUCGAAUGCCAACUCUUAUGGUUUGGACGCAGAAACCCCUCGAAACUAUCAAAGAGAGGAAAGUCUUCAGCGAUUGCUUGAAUGGAAGCAACGGAUGCUUCAGUCGCCGCUCAAUAAGAGGAAUUGGUCUCAACAACAACAGCAACAACAGCCACCGAUGCAACAACAAAGUACAAAGUCUAUGGAACUGCCCUCCAGACCACCACUACCUGAAGAAUAUCGAUCAAAGUUCACGAUAAAGGAUGCGCUCAAAGGCCCCCAACAGAGGGAUAGGGAUUACGCUCCGCAACAACCAUACAAACAAAGGGAGAGAUCAAAGAGUAUUGGAGAUGGAAGUGAUUUCGUGACACAAACUGAGGAUACCUUACAAUCGCCACAAAAGAGCCUUCCCGUCAACUACUCAUCAGAUGACGAGGCCGAAUUUAAUCUGCAAAUGCCUUACAAUGAAAGACCGAAUGAGACAAUGAAAGGUCAGACAACACCUGAUUAUAUAAACAUUAACUCAUUUGGCAAAGAGACAGAAGCGGACAAAGAGUCAGAUUUGGAUAUAAGUAAAGAGGAUUACUAUAAGGCGUCGACAAUGUUUUACCAGAGAUUCUGUGAGUCCGGGCGACAGAGUAUUCUCAUGAGUCCCGUCAGCUUUAAUGAGUCGGUCAGCAGUAAGAACGACAGCAUUGGCCAGACGUUCAACAAACAGGACUGGACUGAUGUGGGCCUACCAGUGCCCGACGAGACAGUGCUCGCCAGGACUGCCUCACGAAGAAGUCUCAAACGAAUCACUAAUAACACGGAAUCAAAGACAAAGAGUGCAAUCGAGAGUCCAAAGCGUGAAUUCACUUUAGAUAAGCGCGAAGAUGGGGACGGAGUGGACGAAUAUUCUGUGAAAUGUUUGCUCAAAAAAUUCAGUGAAUUUGAUAAUAAAAAUGCGAAACCGAUUGUCAGUCCAAAUGAGAGCAAACACUAUAACGGAGAGGCAGUGAAUCAAACAAACUAUAGCUUCAAAUGCGAAACCAGUGCUAAACCGCUAUUCAAUGGCUGUAAUGUGUUUGCAAAGAGUUAUGUGAGUGACAGUGAAAUACUUGACAACAACUCAUCCAUAGGUGAUGAAGAGAACAGCACAUCCAAGUCGGCCCCUCUAAUGCUCUCCCCCUUAACCAAAGUGUUGGCUGAUCUCAGAAAGACGGCUGACGUACGCAAAGAGAAACUCUAUUCGCUGUCACGAAAUGAAUUUCUUCUUAAGAAGCCGUCAAAAGUAGAGGAAGUGAUUGCAACCAAAGGCGCUCUUCAGUUACUCGACAACAGCACCAAUAAGUCGAGUACACAUGAAGUGCAGCCAAAUGGUUGCCAACAAUCAGAUUAUCUGAAUAUGAAUAAAGUGGUCAAAGGAGAGGAAGACGUUUACGUUGCUAUGGAUGGCGAAGAGGGCGACAAAGAGAGCGAUGCCGGCGAUGACGCCGACGAUGAGGCCAGUCGUGACUUUGAUUGUAUUGUCCAUCACUCAGACAUCAUAACAGACAAUGAUAUCAAACUAAAGGCCGGCUGUAAAGUGCGGACAUAUAAGAAGCCCCGACCAGAGCCGGUGCCCAACGUGUCCAACCAAUUGGCUCUUAACCCUAAUCCCGCUUACGAAGCGUUUGAUGGCAUACAAGUAGCCACUAGUGAGGUGACUCCCGAGAAGACUGUCACCACUAAUGAGAUAAACAAUAACAAUACCAGUGCUGAGAAGCAUACCAGUGCUGAGAAGCAGAGAUCUCCGAACGCACCCUACUAUAUGUCAGACCUGUUGUCAGAGGAACAACAGAUCGCAUUGCAGGAGAAGCUGGCGGCCCGUCAAACGGGUUCACCGCCGCCACUGCUCUCCCGAUGCAAUGCACUGAAUAACACCCGCUAUUUGGGAACGACAUCUCUCCAGAAAUGUGAUGUCGGAAAACGGGUCAAUAAUAUCAACUUAAACUCUGUUAACAAAAAUGAUUCCACAGUUUCGCUCAAUAAUUGCAUAACAAAUCCCAUUACCACUAAUAAUGCCGUUCAAAGUCCAACGCAAACUCAAACUACGGAAACAAUUGAGAAUUCAUUGAAAUCCUUAUUAUUGCCAAAUGUGUCCAAAUUUAUUGAUUCCGAGCGCAAUAAAUACGAAGCGGGAAAUACACUGCAAAAAGUGCCUCAAAAUGAUAAGUCAUUUGCUUCCUAUACUAACAACAAGAGGUGUAUUACACCCGACUUAAGCCAUUCAUCUAACACUAAGACAAACCUCCAAAGUGAUGCCCAAAAUUGUUUACCCGAUAAUUUUUUAUCUCUAAAACGUCGCUCAAAAUCUUUGGAGGGUCUGAUGGAUCAGCAAAACAGUAGACAUAUCUAUGAAAACAUAGACCAACAGACACUCCAACCCACUGCCCACGAAAACGAUGCUAUUUUUAAUACAAGUGAUAAUAAUGUGUCGGAUGAAGACUUUAUGGGGACUGAAGUUCUGCGGAGAGUAAGUAAAAAACAUUUUGGAGAUAACUUUAGCGUCAAGUCUUCGUCAUUGAGUCAACAAUCGGUGCCAUUAUCUGAAAGUUUUGAUAAAGGUUUUGAUGACUUCACUGAAAGUGAAUCAGAUUUGAGUUCUUUGAUUGAGUUGUCCACAGACUCAGUCUCGGGUCCAAUAAUGGCAGAGAAAGUCCGAAAGCGUCGCUCUUCUCACAAGAGGCGCUCGAAGGAUGAUCUGAAUGCUUCCGACUCCGAGGUCAACCCAAAGCCAAACCUAAUCUCAAGCAAACCUAUGCACGUGAAGCCUAAGUCAUUGCGUGACCACAAGUCCUCGCGAUUGUGUGUCUCGACGGGUGAUCUAUUGGGCAAAUCUCACGAAGAAUUGGUUUUACUACUGAUUCAGUUGAGACGAACUCAAUCCCAAUUCGCCAAAAAUUGUGAUCAAUUGAGACUUCAGAUGGAAAGCGAAGAGAAGAUGAUUGAGAUCGAGCCGCACAGACGCGAAGAACAUAAACUCAAGUUCCGAGACCUGAGGGAACGGUUGGUUGAGUACGAGAAACAGUACGAAAUGCAGUUCUCGCUGAUCAACGCCGUCGACAAUAUGGUUAAAAUGCAUAAUCCGCUCAACAGUGAAGAGUUCGCCGACAAUAAAGCGAAGGCCGCCUCCACUUCCUUCUUAGAUCAGGUGUCGCUCGAGGAGGAGACCACCAAUUUGUCGGCUUUACAACAGGACAAAGAGAUUCUCGAACGCACUCUCGAGGGCGUGAAGAGUAAAGUGGCGAAAGUCGGCGCCGAAUCAGUUCCGGUGAUAAAUCUGGAGAAACUGAAGAAACAGCAGAGAAUGAUUGAGUCGGAGUUGAGUCGAGUGAGAGGUCUUCUCUCACAUUCAGCCAAACGUCUGGAGGAAAAGGCGGCAGAAAACGCACAAAUCGAGGCCGACGUCCUCAUCGCCAAGAAUAAACUCAAACAGGUUUUGGCCAACGAAGAGGCCAUCGAAAGCAACAGAGCCUCCACUCUGGAGGAAGAGUUGGCGCACAUAAACCAAGUGAUCGAUGACCUGCACAGUAGACGAGUGGAACUGAACGCCGCCAUUGAGACCAUCAAGACUACUGAGAAGAAGAGAGAGAUUGUGAGAGCGAGUCCCACAGGUUUGGCCGGAUCUGUACCACUGCCCGGCAAGAAGAAGAUCACCACUACUUAUAUGGAGACAGAUAUGGAUUCAUUGAAAACCAGAGAUCUCGCACAUUGUCCGCGAAAUUGUGGUCCGGAUGGAGAAGACAAUCCUCUCUAUGAGAAUCUGGAGAAUAAUGUGUUGAAUAAUUCAAAUGAUCUCCUGUUGAGUCAAUUUCAAGCCACGGAUGACUUGCUUUCGACAAACCCUGAAGACAUCGUUGACGAACAGAUGAGACAAUUCUAUGGGAUUUUACCGCAAAAGCCAAACGAACCAAAAACCGUAAGAAUUGUCAAAAGAGAGGCCGAGAGAAGAAGAAUCCAUUUCUCGAACGGAUCGUCAAAGAGUAUGGAUCUGUUCUGGAGUAGUGGUCAGUACGACAGCGAGUUUAGUGCAUCGGGUGCUGUGGGCGGCAUCGGAUCCAUUCCUCCGCCCUAUUAUUAUGAAGACCGCGAUUACGGCGAAAACGAUGACAUUCUCAACACUUUCGGCUCAAAGGAUCAGUGCAAUGAUGACACCCACUGUAUGAUCGAUAGUCUUACCGCUGAGUUUGGAAGAACUCAUUUGUUCCACAACUCAAAUACCACUAAUAAAUCAAUUUUUUUGUCAAAUGAUACCCAAUUAUCGCAUCCGCAACAAGAGCUCUUCUCUAGGCCUGAGCGCACGAGAAGUGCCUCCCUUUCACUUCCUUCUACUUCUUCCAACUCUUCCUCCGCUCUGUUGUCUUCUUCUUCUACUCCUUUUCCGUUUCGUUUGACACGCGUUCGUCGACUUGAGUCCAAAUACGGCCGACUCGGGCCCACUCGCAGACAUCAUACCAUAUCUAGCAGUCAACCCCACUUAGCAAUCUCAAAGAUAUGGCGUUCACGCGAUGAUACAGAUCUUCAACUGAGGGCUACUGUUAACACUCCAGACAUCGUUAAGAGUACUAUUAAAAAGAAUUGCGAGGAUUUUGACGACAAGUUGUCUGCCAUUGAACGCGAAAUAAUGCUCCCGAAAAAGAUUGAAAUCCCUGAGCGCUAUAUACGCGAUGACGAGCCCGAAGAGAUGUCCGCCUCAGAGAAGCUGAAGCGAAGUCUGAAGGCGGAGAUGAUUAGAAAGAUGUUAUCCGAGAGCUCCACAUAUGAAGACGUGAGACGUGAUUGCAAUCAACACAUCAUAUCGUCGUCUUCCUCCUCAUCAGCGCUCGGAUCCGAAGAGAAUGUGUUGAGUGAAGAGUCGAGAGUGAAGUUGAAUGAAGAGAAGAAACGUAGGGCUCAGUUGUUGCAACUCAACCACGAGUUGGCCAAAGAGGUGAUGGAAAGGAGUCGCAUAGUGGCAGCUAAUAAUGACAGCACGAGUUCUUAAGGACUUUUGGCUUAAUGUUGAUUUUAAAUUACAUUUUGUUUUAUUUGAUUUUUUAGUUUUGGCUCAAUUAACAAAAUAUGACAACAAAAGUGAUGACAGGUUUGAAGAGAUGAAAAACAUAAGUGAAAAAGAUUUAAUCGAAAUGAUUGAACGCGAAUGGCCUCAAACUAAUCGACAUUUUUAGACUUAAACCAUACUAUAAGGUCUCAGUUUUUGUUUUACCCAAUCUAUU